AUGAAGUUCAUCCACAUUUGCUUCUCUCUCUUCAUCCUCCUCUCCAUCUUCACUAUCUGCAGAUCUGAUGAUGCCGAUUGUGUGUACACGGUGUUUGUGAGGACCGGAUCAAUCAUAAAGGCCGGGACGGAUUCAAAUAUUACCUUGACUCUUUAUGAUGCUAAUGGAUAUGGGAUUCGGAUAAAAAAUCUCGAGGCUUGGGGUGGGCUUAUGGGCCCGGGCUACAACUAUUUCGAGAGAGGAAAUUUGGACAUCUUUAGUGGGAGGGGCCCAUGUUUAACUGGGCCUGUGUGCACAAUGAACUUGACGUCCGAUGGGACUGGCCCGCACCACGGAUGGUACUGUAACUACGUGGAGGUGACGACGACUGGGGUCCACCAGCAAUGCGCCCAGACACUUUUCACGGUCGAGCAAUGGUUGGCUACGGACACGAAACCAUAUGAACUCACUGCAAUAAGGAACUCUUGUUCGUCGUCUGAUGACAAGAAACGUGUGAUUGACGGUCAUGAUUCGUCUAUGGUUUCUGUGAUGUAA